AUGCCUGGCUGUUUUAAAAAGACUUUGUUUGCCUUGGCUUCUCUAGUAAGUUUUGUGUCUUUUAUCUUGGUUAUUGUUGCAAUGGGGAUCCCAAAGUGGAUGACUGGAAAGAUCCUUUGCAAAACAGGAGCUGAUUUGGUCAAUGCCACAGAUCUGGAGCUUAUCAAGUUCAUUGGAGAAAUCCACUAUGGACUCUUUCGAGGCGGCAAAAUACGCCAGUGUGGGUUGGGUGGGCGGCGUUCCAAAUUCACAA